AUGGAGCGCCGGGCGGAGGCGCUCGGACGACGCGUGGAGGCGUCGAGGGCUGGCGACGCGGCGACGCGGACGCGGACGACGGUCGUCGGCGAGUUGGAGUGCGAGCGCACGGCGCGCGUCGGGCCUCGAGCGCGAAGCGUGCGAGGGGUGACGACGUCUGGGGCGCUCAUCGUGACCCCGGUGCGAUUGAGAGGGUCGAGCGGUGGGGGAUGGUUCGGGAGGCGGACGCGGGACGCCGGCGCGAGCGAACGCGUCUUGCUCGUCCGCGGUUGGGCCCCGGAGAGCUGGGAGGACGCCAAAGGCGGGGCGUGCGCGAAGACAGAGGGGGUGACGCACGUGAGCGAGCAAAAGGGGACGUUCACGCCGGAGAACGACGCGAAAAGUGAUCGAUGGUUUUGGUUGGACGCGCCGGCGAUCGCCGAGUCGAGAGGUUUGCCGAGGGAGACGCCUCUAAUCAUGGCGACGCGCAGGGGAGGUGACGACGCGCAGUACCCGAUCGCGGUGAGCGAGGAAGAGUUGAUGCAAUUUCCCGUAUCCCCGGAGAAGCACAUGGGGUACGCACUGACGUGGUUUACGCUCUCGGCGUUCACCACGGCGCUCGCCGUGGCGAGAAUACGCAAAAACGUUGGACACAGAUUUUAG